GCUGAAUAUCGAAUAAAAAUGACUCUAUCUGCUAGGUCUUCUUGAUCUUGUAGCUAAGCACUACGCGUCUAAAGUAGUCAUGCGCAGAUUGAGCCCGCGGCGUGACUUUGAACCAAGACUCAAGAGAAGACUUUCUCGGCCCCAGACCACUCCCUUGCACGUGAUCUGACAUGUGCCAGGGAGAGGGUCUGGCAUUUAGAGUCACUUUUCUUGGUUCAGAUGUCAAAAUUUGACAUCUCCAAUCAGAUUCGCAAGAAUGCAAUUAAACUGUCACAUGAUUCCACUUGACAGAGGAGGUUGAUAGUACUUGACCUUUGUCAUUUUAAAAACUAUGCCAGUAGGCAAUGGCUAACUUAAAUUCCUGUAUACAUCAACUAAAAAUGUUAUUUCAAGUACAGAGAAUCUUUCAAAUCUCACUAAAUCUGCAUAGGAGUAGAGAUAUAUAAUAGCCAGCCAGUUUUAGCAUUGUCACCACGCCCAUUUCCGCCACGCCCACUUUUGACUGUCUGAAAACCAAGAAAAGUGACUCUGUUUGCCAGACUCUCUCCCCCGGGAGGAGUCUGGCCUCGAGACUAAGAGAAGACUACACCCAGCAGUCCCUCUAUCACACGUGUGGCAAAUUCUAUUACUGAGACAAUUACAAUGUCUGUGAACGUGAGUGAACUCGUCUGUCAGAAGCUGUUACUGAGACUGGGGCUGGAGCAUAACUAGAAGCUGAAGCCUCCGAGGUUCUACAUGAACCAGACUUUUGCCUGGAGAUCCUCCCUCUGAUCAUAGAUAUAAGAAGGAAAGUGAUGGGAAACGCUACGUAAAUAGCAUUGAUGAUCCGCGUUUCGGUCAAUGUUUUCUUCUUUAUUUCCUCCAACCCAUGCUUUUAGCUAGUACUAGGCUAUAAACUAGCUACUGAGCUCCAUGUAUUAGAAAUGGCUAGUGGAACAGUCACAACAACGUAGCAGCAAUAGUUAGUGAGACCCUCCAAGCAGUACAAAGCAGCUUGGACAGGCAAAUUCUUGAGAGGAGCUCUGUCUGUACCGUUAGUAUUCCAGUACAGUCACAGACAUGAUAGAGAAUUAUGGAAAUGUAGCAAAGUUCUGUCGUAAAUUACUGUGCCGAUACGAUGAACCAACUAUCAAUGAAUACAAAGAGACAUUUACCUACAUUCAAUCAUUGAUGUAACUUUCUAAAUGGGUACACAAAAAGUCUGCUUUAAAAACCAGCUUACUAAGACAAAAAUGAACAUUACUUACCAACCUAAAGCCAAGUGGCUUUGAUUUUACUUGCAUACAAUGCCCAGCUACUUAAGAAAGAGGGAAUCAUUAAUAUUUUGGGCUGUAGUCACAGCCUCUCCUUGUAGAAGGUACACAAAGCCACUAGAUAGAGCCGAAGUGAUAAUACAACACUCAAAAAACUGCCUUUGAAAGUUUUCAAGCUCUUGGGGAGAUACACAACGCUUCUAUAUGAUACACAGUAGGUGUGGAUGCUCAGCACAGUACUAAGAGUCCCAGUGGGGAGCUGUGAAUGAUAGUAAUAACAUUUCCCGCUGGGUUGGCGGGGUGUCUAGAGCCGAAACGCGGAUCAACCUUUUGGCAUUACACAGAAGUGAUUGUGCGCACGUGCUCCGUUUCCCAUCCCUCUCCUUAUAUCUAUAAAGGAGGCUCAGAAUCAGCAUGGACUGCGUCAUGGAGAUUAUCAACGAUACAGGAUGUAUUGCAGUCGCCGGCUGAAGAGAAUAAGAAAGUCCCUCGGCUUCACUCAGAAUCACAGGAACAGAUUUCAAAAGAAACACAUCACCGUUGAUAAGAUCACGGAUAUCAGGUACCUUUACAUUCCCCUUGUGUGUGCUGAGAGAUGUUGGGCAAUGGCUAUGGAGAUCAAACAAGAAGCCAACACGGAACCGAGGAAGAGGUUCCAUCUGCUCAGACGACUAAAUCGAGCGGGGAAGUACGCCCGGGAACUGGUGGAGCUGUGUGAGGGAUGCGUCCGAUGUGACGCUCGUACCAAACUAGAGGUGCAAGCGUACCAGCUGUGGAUGUCGGGAAACAUACAGUUUGAGAAGCAGUGCUGGCCGGAAGCUUUGGAAGCUUAUGGACAGUGCCAAACCAUUUACCAGAAGCUGGGAGGUGCUGUAUCCGAGGAGCAGAAGCAGCAGUACACAGGGAGAGUGGAGGAAAUGUCCCCAAGCAUCCGUUACUGUGCCUACAAUAUCGGGGACCUGCCCACGGACGUUAAAGAGCUACAGAAGUUGAAGACAGACGCAGCUGGCUCCGAUAUCCUAGCCUCAAAGAUUGAUCUUGUUCUGGCCAAGACCCAAGAGAAAGCUGCCUCUUCUCUGACUGAGGUCACCUGGCUCGGACAGAAGGUGCCCGUACGCAGCGAGAAGGUUCGUGUGAGUCUAGUCCGCCUACAACAAGUUGAGGGGGAGUUGGUAAGUGGGGGAGACAAGAUGGAGGUGUAUGAGAGGUUACUCAUGGAGUGUCAGGAUGCCCUGCAGGUCACCAGAGAGGAGCUGAGCUCAGAGCAGACUGUUGCUGAGAAGAAGAGGUCUGCCAAGAGUGAGGCCCAACGAUCGUCUCUUCGUCUGCUCGUCGACUACCUUUCCCAUGUCAAGUUGAACCACGCCCUCAACCGAAACCUGUCCCUCAUAGUGGGCAUACGUGACGGUGACCGUGUUAUUAAACCGGAGGAGUUUGUUCGUGUCUAUGAUAUCCUCUUGCAGCAUAUCUCUGAUUUGGGGGAAGUCCCUGGUCUGGCCGAGGACCACGCCUCCCAAAAACAGAACACUGCUCAGGUAUUUGCCUUCAAGGCCCAUCGUUGCUUCCAUCUGGCCGAGUUCUACGUGGUAAUGAAGAAAUGGCCCGAGGCCAUUGCUCUGUUUGAUCGUGCCUCAGAUCAUGUGAUCCAGGCUAUAGAGCAGUACAGAGUCCUGGAGCACAGCGGAGUGGAGGCAACAAAGAUUGAUAAGUCAAUACCAGACCUCCAUAAGCUCCAGGCGACAAUCCGUGGUAAGAAGUGUGAGGUUCAUGUGACCAGUAUCGUGGAAGAGCAGCACUUGGAGGAGAAAAUGGCCGACAUGUCCCUCGCUAGCAAGCCCCUCACUGAGCGACUGGAUCAGUUCGUGCUCCUCCCACCCUCUCACAAGCCGAUACUGGCACCCCUCCCCCCUGACUAUCAACCAAUCCCAGCCAAGCCUCUCUUCUUUGAUCUCGCUCUUAACCACAUUGAACCGCCAUCGUUGGAGCACAAGGUGGAGAAGAAGCCAUCAGGGUUCACUGGCUUCGUGAAAGGACUCCUUUGGGGAAACUCCUGAUCUAUGAACACUAUAGCUAGUUACAGUUAAUUAUAACAAUUAGCAAUUAUUUGUACAACAGAGUCAUUAGGUAUACAUUCUAUUUUGUGAGAAUAAAAAUAUUUGUGAUGUUGAGCAAUAUGAAAACAUG